UAUACAUUCCAAGAAACAUGAUGAAAGUUUGGUUACAUAAUCUCCCUCAAAUUAGGGGAUAUUCUAUAUAUUCCAAGAAGUAUGACGAAAAAGGUUAGGUGUAUAAAUCUCCCUCAAAUUAGGGUAUUGCAAGAAUAUGUUCAUUUCCUUCCGGUAAUAACAAAACCAAUAAUUUAUUUGUGAAGGGGCACACGUGGAGGCAUGGGGAUCGCUUAGAGCCAGCAAAACGGGCUAUUGCAGCGACACCUGGCACGAACGUGUCAAGAACUCGAAUCCCCUCCAUUUCCUUACCAUAGACGGAAAGUGAAGGAGAAACUGUGUAAUGACUGAUAUGGCAUUUGACUCCUUGUGAGGGGACCUAGUUUACCCGCAAAUGGUCGAUGUACAUAGAUUGUCCGAACAUUGCAAGAUCAUCUUUUGGCAACAAAAACAUAUAAAAGAGGAAAGAAAAUGGAAAUCCCAUGAACCAGAAAUGAGAGUCCGACCCUCUGCUUCUGCUUCAAGGACGAUUACAAGAACUCGGAUGUUUCUUUCUUCCCUUUUCUUUAACCAGUGGAAAUGACUUGAUUGAGUUCACGUCCUUGAGUGCAAGGGAGUGAAGAUUGGCUGGUUUGAUCGAUUCUUUGAGCCCAAAGGAUCAUGUGUGGAACAUCUUAAACCUCGUUUGAGAGCUUCUCAUCGUCAGCUGCUUCUUGAUUUGCACAGCAAUAAUACCCUCUGAUCUGAAUCAGGUAUAAAAGGAAAUCCAAUUCAGAUCGCGAGAUGGUGGUGUCAAAGACCGAGAUCAUUCCCCCGGAAGAGAUAGAGUCCGAGUUACAAACCGAUCAACAGCCCAAGAGCCAUCCUUUCUCAUCCCUCGGGAGGCAAUCCUCAAUUUACUCAUUGACCCUGGAUGAAUUCCAGCACGCACUCUGCGAGAGCGGCAAGAAUUUUGGCUCCAUGAACAUGGAUGAAUUCCUCACCAGCAUCUGGAAUGCUGAAGAAAACCAAGCCGUAAACACCUCCGGCAACAAUAACACCACCAACAACAGCACUGAGAACGCGGAUCAACAUGUGUCCCUGGGUGGCACGUCCACCAGUAAAGGCAUAGCCAAGCAGCCGAGCCUACCCCGCCAAGGCUCGCUCACUUUACCCGCUCCGCUGUGCCGGAAGACGGUGGACGAGGUGUGGUCCGAGAUCCACAAGGGUCAGCAGAGCCAUCAGCAAAGCAACAAUGUGCAGAAUCCCGAGGACGCCCCUCGCCAGCCGACUUUCGGGGAGAUGACGUUGGAGGAUUUCCUGAUAAAGGCAGGGGUGGUUAGGGAACAGCACAUGCUGCAUCCACCGCCGACUCAGCAGCAGCAGCAUCAGUUCGGGAUGUACCAGAACAACCUGUCAAUUGGGCCCAGUUUCGUCCCCAGGCCCAUAAUGGGAAUGGGUGGAGCCGCUGCUAACGCAGCGCCAUACCAACCAAUGGCUGCUGCAAUCGGAGAGGCAUCGGUGUAUCCGGCAAAUGGGAAGAGGAACGACGGAUAUGCGACGGCACCAAUGCCGGUAAGUUAUGGUCAGAGGGUGAGGAACGGAAGUGGUGGCGGCGCGUACGGGGCAGGUCAGGCAAUGGGUAUGGGAGUGCUAGUGAAUCCAGUGUCUUCGAAUGGGAUGUGUGGCGCACCGGUCGAGAAUUCUGGAGGGCAAUUUGGAAUGCAGAUGGGGGGAGCGAGAGGAGGAAGGAAGAGGAUAAUCAAUGGUCCAGUGGAUAAAGUGGUGGAGAGGAGACAGAGGAGGAUGAUAAAGAAUAGAGAAUCAGCUGCAAGAUCUAGAGCCAGAAAGCAGGCUUAUACAGUCGAACUAGAGGCGGAGUUAAACCAGUUGAAAGAAGAAAACGCACACCUUAAACAGGCACUGGCGGAGCUUGAGAGGAAAAGAAAGCAGCAGGACUGUUUCGCAGUAUCAAGAAGAGCUGAGGUUGAAAGCUCAAAGUCAAACCAGGGCAUACAGAGCGAAGGAGAAACUGAGGAUGAUCAGGAGGAACCUGAGUUCCCCCUUGUGAAGUAAAUCGCAAAUUGAGGAACUGAACAGGAAAGCCCUGGAAGAGAUGGGAUAAGUCGGAAAUUCAUAGUUCACCCGUGGUCUGUGGAAAUGCUUGGCCGUACAGUCAUCCUAAGGAUGUAUCAGUCGAAGAUGUCAACGAAAUGUUUUUCUUUUUUAUGCUCUUCCCCUUUUUUCUUCUUUUGGCCAUAGUUGUGAACUGAGAGUAUGCAUGCUUUUCUAAUUGACGUUGGUAUAGUAGUUGUCAGUAAAAGAUAAUGCAGAUAAAAAGUUAUAGACAUGAAAGGUCAAUUUUAAAAUGCUGAUCAAGGAGAAUUGCAUCUUCGGUUGUUAA